AUGGAGACGCCGGCUUCAGGUUCUGCCCCAAACCCGGGCCCGGAAGCUGCUCCAAAACCUCCAGCCCCGAAGCCGCAGAAUCCUGCCCUGCGCAUGCUAGGCCUGCCAAAUAUCAAACUCAAGCUUCCGUCGAGGAAUUGGCUGAUAUUCCUGUCCGUCACCGGCUCCUUCAUCGGCGCCCUGGUCUACGACCGUCGUGAGAAGAAACGGAUACAAGAUAAAUGGUCAAACGUGGUCGCGCACCUUGCCAAUGAGCCAUUGCGGACAAACGAGGCCAGAAGAAAGGUCACCGUCUUCCUCUCCGCUCCCCCCGGAGACACGUUGCGGAACGCGAGGGACCAUUUCCGUGACUAUGUGAAGCCCAUCCUUGUCUCUGGAGCGUUGGAUUAUGAAGUUAUAGAAGGUAGAAGAGAAGGAGACCUUAGAGCUGCUAUUGCGAGCAGGAUUCGCAAGAGGAGAGAGCUGGCUGGUGAGGCUGGACCACCGCCAGAGCCUGAUAUGGACGACGCAGACUUCGAGACCAGGCUUCGACGUGUCAGACAGGUGACGGGCGUUCACGAUGAGCCGGAGAUUAAGGGAGAUCUAGUUGUUGGCCGACAUGCUUGGAAAGAAUACAUCCGUGGCAUCCAUGAGGGCUGGCUGGGCCCUUUAGUUGACCCUGCAACUCUGGUGAAGCCCGUCGAAGCCGUCGUGGAAGAAACAGCCGCUCAGGAGCCAUUGAUGUCAGACUCUCCCAGUGAAAACUCCCCUUCAGCAACAGCAGAAGAGUCAGCAAAGGAUGAGAAGAAAGAGGCAGAGAAGCCGGCUGAGAAGCCAAAGCCAAAGGGACCCGCGCCCUCAUACCUCCUUCCCUCCGCCUAUCCUACACACCAACUCUCCCCCGUUGCGCCAAACGAGUUCGACGGUUCAGCUCCUAUUGCCUUCCCGCAUAUUCUAGGCUUCUUGAACACCCCCAUCCGCCUCUACCGCUUCCUUACUCGUCGUCGUAUGGCAGACACCGUCGGAGAGCAAGUGGCGGCCGCCGUCCUCGCUUCGUCCAUAAGACCAUACACAGACGGCCAGCAUAGCUCUGAAUCCGAAUUCGCCGCCAUCACUCCAAGUGAGCCAUCCACGUUAGAUGAACCACUCGCCCCAUCAAACACCAGUGAGCAACAAGCUGUGCUCCAAGAGGAGGAGAAAGACUGGCAUAAAUCGGCGCACAAACAGCCCACCGAUCCAGCUGACAUCAGGGAAGAACAAGAAUGGACAGACACCUUAGUCCUCGAUCCACGCAUUAGCUCUCGGAUGCGCAAGUUUACCCUCUCGCCUGAAGACCUUGCUCGAUCCCAGCGUAUCGCCGAGGGUAAGGAAUGGAUUAUAGGCGAGGAACGACCGCCGCAUGUCCCCAUGUGGAAAUUCCUUUGGGACUCGUACGGAUGGGGCGAGGAGGAGAAUGCUCGAAGUAAGGUCGUUAUUGGAAAUUUGGACGGCGAGGAUGGUGAAUAG